UUCCCUUCCUCUUCCCCCCAAUCAUAACCACUCUCUCUCCACCUGUAUUUCCCCCCUCACUAAAAUAAGCUUCAUCACACGCUCCAUCAACCCCCAAAACUUCCCACACUUCUUCAUCUCUAGGGUUUUCAUGCAUUACAACCAACACAUAGUAUUUCCUUUGAAAUUUAUGUGAAGAAAUCAUCAGAAAUGGGCUGUUUUCAGUCCAAAACUGCCAAUGUUCAAUCUCCUGACCAAGUUCCUGAAUCCAAACCAGAUCCAGGUGACGGGGAGCAAGGAUUAGGUCAACAGGAUCAAGAGCAAGUCGUUCCUGCAUUCAAGGAGUUCGAACUUACGGAGCUUCGAGCUGCUACGAAUGGGUUCAGCAGUGAGCUUAUAGUUUCCGAAAGUGGUGAGAAAGCUCCCAAUGUGGUUUAUAGAGGAAAGCUUCGUAGCAAUAAAGUCGUUGCCAUUAAGCGCUUCUCCAAGCUCUCUUGGCCAGACCCCCAACAAUUUGUGGCAGAAGCUGCUGGAGUUGGCAAGGUUAGGCAUAAUAGAUUGGUGAAUCUAAUUGGGUGUUGUGCUGAGGGCGAUGAGCGUCUUUUAGUGGCUGAAUACAUGCCUAAUGAUACUCUCUCAAAACAUCUAUUUCACUGGGAUAAGCAGCCUUUGCCAUGGGAAAUGCGUGUUAGAGUUGCCUACCAUAUUGCACAAGCACUUGAGCAUUGCAAUGCGGAAAAUCGGAAAAUUUAUCAUGAUCUGAAUGCUUAUCGGGUGAUUUUCGAUGAGGUACAUUUUUAA